UGGUCUGUUUUGCGGCCGCAGUCAUGUUGCUGCUUCGCUGCCGCUGCGGCUGCCUCGUACUGCGGCUGCUUCUCCUCUGGGCGACGGGCCCCGCGGGAGCAGAAGCUGAGACGGCCGAGCAGCUGAGUCCGUACUUCGGCACCAAGUCUCGCUACGAGGAGCUGCACCCGCACCUUCUGCAGGACCCUCUCUCGCUGGGGCCGCCCCAGCCGGGCUUCCCGCUGCCGCCGGCUUCCUGCGUGCCGCUGCAGCUCAGCGCCGUCGUCCGCCACGGCACCCGUUUCCCGACGCGCAAGCAGAUCGAGAAGCUGGGCCGCCUGCAUAGCCUCGUCCUCCAGCGGAACGGCAGCGGCAGCUGUCCGGCCGCCGAGCGCUUGGCGCGCUGGGAAAUGUGGCUGCGGCCAGACAUGGACGGCAAGCUGGCCACCCGCGGGCGCCGCGACAUGGAGAUGCUGGCCCGGCGGCUCGCCUCUCGCUUCCCCAGCCUCCUGGCCCCCAAGCGCCGCUUCGCCUUCGUGAGCAGCUCCAAGCACCGGUGCCUCGACAGUAGCGCCGCCUUCCGUGACGGGCUCCGGCAGGCGCUCUACGGACAGCAGCCCACGGCGAAAAGGAAUGACACUGUGAGAGAAACAUUUGAAAUUAAUGACAAACUGAUGAGAUUUUUUGAUCACUGUGAAAAAUUUGUAAGAGAUGUUGAAGAUAAUAAUACAGCUAUGCAUGAGGUGGAUGCCUUCAAAGAAAGUGUUGAAAUGAAGAAGGUAGUGGAGAAAAUUGCCGAGUCUUUGGGUCUACCAGUGAAUGAUCUAAAUGCAGAUUUGGUUCAGGUGGCAUUUUUCACGUGCUCAUUUGAACUGGCUAUACACAACAGCAACUCCCCCUGGUGUUCACUCUUUACAAAAGAGAAUGCCAAGGUACUUGAAUAUCUGAAUGACCUAAAGCAGUACUGGAAGAGAGCAUAUGGCUAUGAUAUCAAUAGUCGUUCCAGCUGCAUUCUUUUCCAGGAUAUCUUCAAUCAUUUGGACCAAGCUGCUUUGGAGAGUAAAAGUUCAAAGCCUGUUUCUUCACCUGUGAUCCUCCAGUUUGGACAUGCAGAGACUCUUCAGCCACUCCUUGCUCUGAUGGGCUACUUCAAAGAUGAGGAGCCUCUUAAAGCACACAACUACCACAGGCACCAGCAUCGGAAGUUUCGUAGUGGUCGCAUUGUCCCUUAUGCCUCAAACUUGUUGUUUGUGCUUUAUCACUGUGAUCAAGCCAGAUCUCCUGAAGAGGAAUACAAGAUACAGAUACUGCUCAACGAGAAGCUGCUGCAAUUUCCACACUCUGGGGAGACAGUUUCUUUGUAUACAAGCCUGAAAAACCACUAUAAAAACUAUCUUCAGAGUUGCCACUUCAGCGAAGUGUGCACCUUGCCAACAAAUGCCACACGGGUGAAUUGAUUGUAAAGAGGGCAUACAGUAAAGAGACCACCAUGGACACUUAUGUGUACAACUGUUUGAUAAAUGUACCUUUUUGGAGUUUUGCUGCUGAUGGUUCCAACGUGUUAUAUUUUAAACAUCUCUUAAGCUUGUUUUUGUAACUCAAAAAUCAAUCACAGUCAAGUUUCAGAGCAUCUCAAAGCAUUCAGGAAACAUUCUAGAUUUGCUUUGUUGCUGGAAAAGAAGCUUUUUUUAGGACCAAGAAUUACUGAGGAGUACACAUGUGCUCUUAGAAAAGCAGUUUACUCCAUAGUUAUACCAGCAGCGUAAUAGGAAUGGCCCCAAAGUUGGAUCUGAACGACAAUUUGCUGGCCUACUCAAUUUUAAAAACAGCCUGAUAGGAACAAAAUUCACAGAUUCCAAGGGACUCUCAGACUCUGAUAAAACUUUGGGGAAUAAUAAACAGUUCUUCUCUUUUCAGCACACUGGAGGUCUAGCACAGAAUUCAUGCAGCAAUUGCAGCAGUGCUGGCACUUGGCCUCCUUUCUUGAUGCAGUCUUUUUUUUUUUAAAGCUUUGGUAGUUUUUUCAGAGUAAUGACAUGGUUGCCUUCUGUGUGAAAUAAGUAGUGGUGAGUUGUUCAUUGGAGGAGAAGCCAAGUCGGGAAUUUCACUAUUUCGAUAGUUUUUUAUAAUACUAAUGGUGAAGAUGAGGCAUCACUGGACUGAGUACAGGGUUCAGCAGAACAAAGUAUUCAACUGCUCGGGAGAGUAGUGGUUACUGCACAUUCUAAAGGGGAUGUGUGGUGAUUUCAUAUUCUGCUGAAUGCCGCUUUCCCUCUUAAAAUCCAUUUUUGAGUAUGGUGUGAAAAGACUUGAAAUAUUUUGUACAUUUGGUAAGAAUAUUGGUGCAUUUAAACAACAAGCUGGUAUUCAAAAUAACUUCAAAAACAGUAGCAUUACUUCUUUUCUCUUUUGGAUUUUUUUUUUUAAAUCACUCUUUUUUACUCCUAUGAACCAUUCCUUGAAACUGACUUAGUUUUAGUUGGGGAACUAUCUUGGAUACAAUAUUGCUAAAAAGGUUGAAAGUUUCUGUUUUUGUACUGAAAACUGCCAUAUAAAAAUAGUUGGAAGAAAUAUCCAAAGAUGACAUCAUGGUUGUAUGAUAUGUAGCCUAGAAUGAAAAUAUUUAAAUAACUUAAGAAAACUAGCUUCAAGGUUAAAGGGUGUUAAGUUAGAACUUUUGAUGCUUUAUGGCAUUUGAAAAAUGUUAUUUUGAAGGUAAGGUUUAGGGGAAUUUUCAGGGGCACAUUCCAGUGUUGGUUGUGGAUAAAGGCAAAAGGAAAGAAUCAAAAUACUAAAAAUGCCAGUAUAUUUUAGCAUAAAGCUCUGAUUACCAGUAAUUGAGCUCUGAGAGAGCCAUUUCUUUCUUUUUGAAUGGGGAAAGGAAACAUGCAAAUGCAGGGACAUCACCAAACAGUUGAGAGUAUAAAAGGGUAGGAGUGGGGCAGCCUGGGGAAAUCAUGAAGGCCGCUUUGGAUCCUCUGGAGGUUGGAUUUGGCCAUGGUCCUGAGGUUCUACACCCUUGACCUCAGUAAUGCUUAUCAUUAAAAAACAUCAUCUCUUACCAACAAAAUGCUCAUGUGUGUUUCAGAACAAAUAAAGUAUGGCAUAUAUUAUGACGAAGCCACCUUUAUACCGGGUAAUUCAAAGUUUGAUGAGUUCGGUGCUAAAGUUGCCUGCUCAGAAGCCAACUUUUCCUUUUGCAAGCCUUUGCUGACACUAUAGUUGGAGUGUUUGCACUCAGUUUAUGAGUGCAGGUUACACAUUCUAGUAAAAUGUGUAUAUCAUAUUAUAGUGUUUGCUGAAUAAUGAUGUAGGGAAAAGGUUGAGGCAGGACAAGGUGUUCAAACAUACAUAAUAUUAUGUAAAGUUGUAAAUCAUGCAAGCCAAAUGUACACAUUUUAAAAACUUUUAGAUGCAUGACCUAGGAUGCAGUUUGAGCUACAUGGUUGGGAUACAUGUAAGUAGCAAUUUCAAGAGGAAGGACAGCAGGUAGGAGAAGGUGGUGAAUUCUUUCUCAGUUGCUCCCUUAGCUGGGUUUGGAAUGUGGGAAGGAGCUCAGCUGGAGGAGAAAGGUUUGUUAGUUUUCUCCCAGCCACAGCUUCUCUGCUUGAGGUUUUGUGUUCUUCUUCCCUUCCCAUUUUUUCCUAUACAUCUGUUUAGCAACCCAUGUUCUAAGGCCUGGUUCACCACCACAGAAUCCUGUUUCUCCUUUAGAACAGAGUUAUACAGAUGAAGUCGUAUUGAAAGAUGUGAAAAAUGUAUACCUAGAAUGUCCUGAUUUGUUUUGUUAUUACUGGGAGCCUUUUUGUCAUUCAGUGGUAUUAUGCUAAUCUUUUAUUUCUGCUCUGUAUAUAAACUUUUUGGGGAGAAGAUGGGUGGGACAGGAAUGCUGCAACCUGAAGUAUUUCUUGCAUUGCUUUUGACAGUAUUAUGUUGAAACUGGUGAGCAUCAGUAAAAGAAAAGUUUUGUGUGUAGGUGUUGCAUUUGUUUUGUUUUGCAAUGCCAUAUGCUUCCUUUUCCUUUCCAUACAUAUUAUAACCCAAAUUCUUUAA